AUGGCUGGUCCAAGCAACAUCUCUGAGGUAUUGCCAACCAGCAGUAGGCAGCACAAUCCGGAACCUCGGCAGCGAUUGGGACGGGAUCGUUCGAUCGUUGUGGCCUGGCCGGGAGGGACCAUCGAACUGGCGGAGUUUCAGAGUGGCGAUUUGGUGGUUCUGGGCUCGACGAGCUUUCAUGGCGGCUCCGCCGCCGUGCUCUGCGAGAUGACCUCCCUUGACUGCAAGGUGGCCAUUUUGGACACCUCGCGCAGCUUCAAAGUGGCUGAGGACCACGUGAAGUCCAGCGACCUGCGACUGAUCCACCAGGACUGGCGCAUUGGAUCCAGGCAUAUCAUCGGAGGCCUACAGAGCAGUCGCAUGAAGCACUUGAAUGGCUUGGUGGCAUGUGUCAGAGAACACCGACGCUAUGGUCACCCCUGCUUUGUGCCCAAACCAGACUCGAAUGAGCUGAAACUCCGACUCUGUGUGCGUUGGGAGAACUCACAGGAGAACUCCAAUGGCGCCCUGUUGUUGGAGCCACGGUUCCUCUCACCAUGUCUCACCGUGCCACCAUUGCCACAAGCACCGCCAGCGCCACUAGCACCGCCGCCGCCGGAGAGCCAGUUGAACAAGGAGGCGUCAAACGAUGAGCCGCUGCCAGACACGACGCUAUUGACGGCCAAGCGGCGCCUUCCGUUGAACUGGAACAUCUCCUGUGAAGGAUCGGGAGCUUUGCGGGCAAUUGAUGAAGUUGAACCAACCAUUUGUCACCUCCCCAAUGUGGAAAGCCUGACUCCUGCGCCCACGAAUUGCUCCGCCAACUUCUUGGGAGUUCUCUCCUGGAUGGUGGGCGCGCACACGAGGCGAGUGGAGGAGGAGUUUCCCACUGUGAUUCGCCUUUCCUCGGUCUUGGCGGAGGAUCCACAGCCCAGAGAGCAGCUUUCAUGGCUGCUUCCUAUCUCUGAAAGUCAUGAACUUGGGGAUGAUGCAGAUUUGGUUUCAGAACCCACGGAUCGACUGCACAUCACCGAGCGCCUAGAGAAAGGCGACCUCGUGAUCCUGCAACGCGGCCUUCAGCCCUUCGCGCUGUGCCCUGGAGUGGUGAAAGGCGUUGAGGGAAGCUCUUGUACCGUGGCCGUCCUGGAUGAUUCCAGGAGCGUUUUCAUCGGCGAGUGCCGCGUGGCUUUCUCGGACGUGGCGUUAGUUCAUUCCGAGUGGCGCCUGGGGACCAGGGUGGUCCUGGGAGGCUUGCAGAGUAGUCAUAUGGUCCACCUGAACGGCUUGUCGGCUGUGAUUUGCCCCCACAAGCGGCACGGACAUCCUUGCUUUGUGCACAAGCCUAGCUCACCCAACACCGGCGAAUGGCUGACCUUAUGCAUCCGCUUCGAUGAUCCCGACAAAUCUUCCAUGCAUGCAGUUCUUUUGGAACCACGAUUUCUCGCAGCUGUGGGUCCUGUGGGUCCCAUCGAUAGCCGCCAAGUGCUACCAUCACCUCGAAUGGAAUGCUUCACCCCGCUGCUUGGACGAAGGGAAUCUCAACGGAUAUGA